GGCACGGGGAGGGGAGGCCGCGCCGCCAUAUUCGCUCCCGCCCGCGGCCAGCGGUGCAGCCAGCAUGAGCACCGCCGCCUUCCACAUCUCCAGCCUGCUGGAGAAGAUGACGUCCAGCGACAAGGACUUCAGGUUUAUGGCCACUAGUGACCUAAUGUCGGAGCUGCAGAAGGACUCCAUCCAGCUGGACGAGGACAGCGAGCGCAAGGUGGUGAAGAUGCUAAUGCGUCUGCUGGAGGACAGGAAUGGCGAGGUGCAGAACCUGGCCGUCAAGUGCCUGGGUCCUCUGGUGAGCAAAGUGAAAGAGUACCAGGUGGAGACUAUCGUGGAUGCCCUGUGUGCCAACAUGCGGUCGGAUAAGGAGCAGCUCCGAGACAUUGCUGGCAUCGGCCUCAAGACUGUCCUCUCAGAGCUGCCCCCUGCAGCCACAGGCUCCAAGCUGGCCACCAAUGUGUGCCGGAAGAUCACGGGCCAGCUCACCAGUGCCAUCGCCCAGCAAGACGAUGUGGCAGUGCAGCUGGAAGCCCUGGACAUCCUCUCCGACAUGCUCAGCAGGCUAGGCGCCCCGCUGGGCACCUUCCAUGCCAGCCUGCUGCACUGCCUGCUGCCCCAGCUGAGCAGCCCACGCCUGGCUGUGCGCAAGCGAGCCGUCGGGGCUCUUGGUCACCUGGCAGCUGCCUGCAGCACCGACCUCUUUGUGGAGCUCGCCGACCACCUGCUGGACCGUCUUCCUGGCCCCCGCGCCCCCGCCAGCCCCCCUGCCAUCCGCACCCUGAUCCAGUGUUUGGGCAGCGUGGGCCGCCAGGCAGGACACCGCCUAGGGGCCCACCUGGACCGUCUGAUGCCCCUGGUGGAGGACUUCUGCAACCUGGAUGAUGAUGAGCUCCGGGAGUCCUGCCUCCAGGCCUUUGAGGCCUUUCUGAGGAAGUGCCCCAAGGAGAUGGGCCCUCAUGUGCCCAAUGUGACCAGCCUCUGCCUCCAGUACAUGAAACAUGACCCCAACUACAACCAUGACAGUGACGAGGAUGAGGAACAGAUGGAGACUGAGGACAGCGAUUUCAGUGAGCAAGAGAGUGAGGACGAGUACAGUGACGAUGACGAUGUGAGCUGGAAGGUGCGCAGGGCAGCAGCCAAGUGCAUGGCCGCCCUGAUCGGCUCGCGGCCCGACCUGCUGCCCGACUUCCACUGCACCCUGGCGCCCGCACUCAUCCGCCGCUUCAAGGAACGGGAGGAGAACGUCAAGGCUGACAUCUUUGGGGCGUAUAUCGUGCUGCUGCGACAGACGCGACCCCCCAGAGGGUGGCUGGAGGCCGUGGAAGAGCCCACCCAGACCGGCAGCAACCUGCACAUGCUGCGGGCACAGGUACCCCUGGUGAUGAAGGCCCUGCAACGGCAACUUAAGGACCGCAGCAUCCGGGCCCGCCAGGGCUGCUUCACCCUUCUUACCGAGCUGGCAGUUGUCCUCCCCAGCAGCCUGGCUGAGCACAUGCCCACACUGGUGUCAGGCAUCGUCUUCUCCCUGGCUGACCGAUCCAGCAGCUCUACCAUCCGCAUGGAUGCCCUGGCCUUCCUGCAGAGCCUGCUGGGCACAGAACCAGCCGAGUCCUUCCAUCCACACCUGCCCACCCUCCUGCCACCUGUGCUGGCCUGUGUGGCCGACCCUUUCUACAAGAUUGCAGCCGAGGCCCUGCUGGUGCUCCAGGUGCUGGUGAGGGCCUUGUGGCCACUGGAUAGGCCUUGGAUGCUGGACCCUGAGCCGUAUGUUGGGGAGAUGUCCACAGCCACUCUGGCACGACUCCGUGCCACUGACCUGGACCAGGAGGUGAAGGAGCGGGCCAUCUCCUGCAUGGGCCACCUCGUGGGCCACCUGGGUGACCGGCUUGGGGAUGAUCUGGAGCCCACGCUGCUGCUCCUCCUGGAGCGCCUGAAGAAUGAGAUCACCCGGCUGCCUGCUGUUAAGGCACUGACGCUGGUGGCCAAGUCCCCAUUACAGCUCGACCUGCGGCUCAUCCUGGCCGAGGCACUGCCCAUCCUGGCUUCAUUCCUGCGCAAGAACCAGCGGGCACUGCGGCUGGCCACACUGGCUGCCCUGGAUGCCCUGGCUCAGAGUCAGGGACUCAGCCUCCCACCACCUGCUGUGCGGGCAGUGCUGGCUGAGUUGCCAGCUCUGGUCAGCGAGAAUGACAUGCAUGUAGCUCAGCUGGCUGUGGACUUCCUUGCCACAGUGACCCAGGCCCAGCCGACCUCUCUGGUGGAGGUCAGUGGCCCGGUACUGGCAGAGCUGCUGCAGUUGCUACAGUCGCCCCUGCUGCCUGCCGGGGUGCUGGCAGCCACAGAAGGGUUCCUACAGGCGCUGGUGGGGACCCGGCCCCCAUGUGUGGACUACGCUGAGCUCAUCGCCCUGCUCACUGCACCUGUUUAUGACCAGACUGGGGACGGUGGGACUGGCCUGCACAAGCAGGUGUUCCACUCACUGGCCCGGUGUGUGGCUGCCCUCUCGGCUGCCUGCCCCCAAGAGGCGGCAGGCACUGCCAGCCGCCUGGUCAGCGAUGCCAGGUCACCCCACUCAAGCACGGGGGUCAAGGUCCUGGCGUUCCUGUCACUGGCCGAGGUGGGCCAAGUGGCGGGGCCUGGCCCCCAGCGGGAGCUGAAGACCGUGCUCCUGGAAGCCCUGGGGUCGCCCAGUGAGGAUGUGAGGGCCGCAGCUUCCUACGCACUGGGCCGCGUGGGUGCUGGCAACCUGCCCGACUUCCUGCCCUUCCUGCUGGCACAGAUCGAGGCUGAGCCCCGGCGGCAGUACCUGCUGCUGAUCGCACUCAGGGAGGCCCUGGGGGCCGCCCAGCCCGACAGCCUGAAGCCCUACGCCGAGGAUGUCUGGGCGCUGCUCUUCCAGCACUGCGAGGGCGCUGAGGAGGGCACCCGGGGCGUGGUGGCCGAGUGCAUUGGGAAGCUGGUGCUUGUGAACCCCCCGUUCCUUCUGCCCCGCUUCCGGAAGCAGCUUGCUGCAGGUCAGCCACAUACCCGGAGCACGGUCAUCACAGCAGUGAAGUUCCUCAUCUCAGACCAGCCCCACCCCAUCGACCAGCUCCUGAAGAGCUUCAUCGGAGAGUUCAUGGAGAGCCUGCAGGACCCAGACCUGAGUGUGCGCCGGGCCACUCUGGCCUUCUUCAACUCAGCUGUGCACAAUAAACCCUCGCUGGUCCGGGACCUGCUGGACGACAUCCUGCCCCUCCUCUACCAGGAGACCAAGAUCCGCCGGGACCUCAUUCGAGAGGUGGAGAUGGGGCCCUUCAGGCACACAGUGGACGAUGGGUUGGAUGUGCGGAAGGCAGCCUUUGAGUGCAUGUACUCGCUGCUGGAGAGCUGCCUGGGCCAGCUGGACAUCUGUGAGUUCCUGAACCAUGUGGAGGAUGGACUGAAGGACCACUAUGACAUCCGGAUGCUGACCUUCAUCAUGCUGGCCCGGCUGGCUACCCUAUGUCCUGCACCUGUCUUACAGAGGGUGGACCGGCUCAUCGAGCCACUCAGGGCCACCUGCACUGCCAAGGUCAAGGCCGGCUCCGUGAAGCAGGAGUUUGAAAAGCAAGAUGAACUGAAGCGCUCUGCCAUGAGGGCGGUAGCUGCCCUGCUGACCAUCCCCGAGGUGGGGAAAAGCCCCAUCAUGGCCGACUUCUCUGCCCUCCGAACCAACCCCGAGCUUACCACCUUGUUUGAGAGCAUCCAGGAUUCUACUCCCGCCCCUAGCAUGGAUUUCAUGGAGCUCAGCUAGUUUUCCCCAGCUCGGGCCCAGCCUGAGGAGCCCCUG